AUGUCGCGAGCAACCGAUCGUCGAAUCCAUUACUCUCUCCCAGAGCUGCGCUCGAUACACUCGCUCGACCGCAACUUCGCUCCACGGACACCUGUCGUGGCCUCAACGACUCCAGGGGGAACUGUAGGCGAGAUCAUGACACCGCGAGGCCCAUUGCUUGGAUCCAUCGACUUCAGUCCCUUUGGAAAUCUCCCCAGGCGCAACGUGCCAUCCGCUCCAGAUCAUGAAAGGAGCCGAGGAGACACGGAAAUCGACUUCACGACGUAUGGCACUCGAGCACCGAUCCCGCCGCCACCUCCACCGCCAGCGCUUCUGCCCAGGGCAGUACCCAUGAGACCGACUGUUACUCCUCCCAGACAGCGUGGUCCGACUGUGAUUGCAGGGCCUUUUGGAAUCUCUGCCGAGACGAUGUCUCUAAUCCAUGGGGAACAUUUCCACAGCUGGGAUUCACCGACAGGUCCGCAUGAGAGUCUCGAUGCGGGAAUCAAGCCUGAACCUUGUACGCAUUGCGUGUAUGCUAAUAAGGAAUGGGUGACCUUGUCGGAUGGAACGACGUUUGAGUUGAUGUUGGAUUCGCCUUGA